UCUAAAUCUAAAAUACUCAAAAUCAUUAAGCAUUAAGAAAUUUGGUAUUGGGUAUUGAUUUUGGCUUUAUGUGAUUUGGUCUAUAGAGGUAGUAGAGAAUACUAAUAGUGAGAAAUAAAGAAAAACAAAACAGUGAGAAGAAGAAGAAGAAGUAAAAACCAGUCAAUUUUGUCUUAUAAAAACCCUCAUUCUCUCACUCUUUUUUCUGGGUUUUUCUUUCUUCAACUAAACCUUCUUUUUCCUAGUUCUAAUUACUUCAUUUUAGUGUUGGGUUUUAUGGAUAAUCAAAGAAAUUCCCUUCUUAAUUGGGCUUAUUUCUGCCAAGGAAAGAGCAUGGAGGAACUAAGAAAUUCACUUUUGUACACAAGUUUAGAGCUUGAACAAACAAGAUUAGCAGCACAAGAUGAGUUAAGAAAAAGAGAUGAUCAACUAAUCCAACUCAAAGAUCUACUAACCAAAAUGAUUAGAGACAGAGAUGAAGCAAUUGAAAAAUGUCAAAAUUUACUUCUUGAAAAGCUGCUACUUCAACAGCAAAAUAACGGUCCAUUAUCAGGAAUUUCAAGCAUUGAAGAUGAGCCCAGAAGAGCAAUUGAUUCAAACAAUGGAUUUUCAUCAUCAGAUUGUGAAGAAAGUAUAGUUUCUUCACCAAUUAUUGAUCCUAUUGAGAUGGUUUUGCCUCUAAAACCAUUGCCUGAGAAAGGAAAGCUUUUACAGGCAGUUAUGCAAGCUGGUCCUUUACUUCAAACGUUACUUCUUGCUGGACCAUUACCUCAAUGGAGACACCCACCACCGCCUCUUGAGCCUUUUGAAAUCCCUCCGGUCACCAUUCCUUCACCACCGCCACCACCGCCGCCGCUGCAGCCACAACUCCUUAAUGGGUGCAAUAGGAAAAGGGUUUUUGUCUGUGAUGGCUCUGACUCACCUAUAGAGACCAAACAUCAAAGGAUACUUCUCCACUGACUAGUGUCCACCACGAACACUUUGUUCGAUCGACGUUUUCUAUUUCGGAAGCGUGUUGGAUAUUUGCUUUUCAUUUUUAACAUUGAAAACCUUAAAGUAACACUAUUUCUCCAUAUUUGUGUUCAAAUGUUCUAAUUUUCUGUAUCCGUCUUACAUUGGUGACCGGUACAGAAAACGGGACAUGAACACGGCGAAGCAGUUUUAUUUUAAAGUUUUUCAUGUUAAAAAUAAAGUUGUGUCCGAAACGUUUAGGUUCCGAAACGGGAAAUGUUAGUUAAAUAAAGUGUUCGUGCUACUUAGUUGACCAAUGACCCCUACUAAAACAAGUUCUAAACUUUAUAAACCUGAUUGAUAUAAUAUAAUUUUAAUUAGUGAGCAAUGAAAAUUGAAUUGUUGGGCAGUUGGGUAUAUCACUGAUCUAGCAUUUUUGUACAGAAAGUUUGGAUCUUUUUGACUAGUAUUACAAGAUGACUACUGAAGUGGAGAGAAGAUGAAGAAGCUUGGUUCGUGUUCUAUUGGCCUUUUUAUGUGCCAAUUUGUCUUCCUCCUUGGGUUGGAGAUGGGUUUUUUCUCACUCUAUGUGAGUAUUUUUUGCAUCUUCUGCACAUUCUAGGGUUUUUUUGAUGUGAAAGGAGAAUUGGUUUCUCCAAAAAUUGUUUGCUUUUGGUCAUGUCAAAUGUAACUUUAGGGGUUUGUAGCUUGCUUGUUUGUUUACUAAUAGUAAUUAUGUUUUUAAGUGUUGAUAGCAUUGUUUUAAGAAUCUAUCUAAAUUGAACCGAGUCGUACUUCACAA